GCCGCGGUUAUUCACACUGACAGCAGAGCCAGUUUGCUGUUAUUCACACACUCACUAUUUCUCACUCAGACGAGUUAAUCUUCAGACAAAGAGCUGCAACAGUCUAUACAGAUAACUGAAUUAGGCUGAACUACUAGUCACUGUUCUUACUAAACACUGUCCAGAAGACAGAACUACAAAAACAUUAUAUCAGCAACUGUAUAAAAGUUGUAUUUCCGCCAUGGUGCUGUUUGAGGAUCAGGAAUGUGGGGUCUGUUACCUGCGUUACUCUCGCACCGACCGUGUUCCCAGAACUCUCCACUGUAACCACACAUUCUGCACCCCCUGUCUGGAGACUAUGGGGCUGCAUUACAGCGGCCUGCGCACCAUUCGCUGUCCCCUCUGUCGUCAGGUGACCUGUCUGGACUGUGGGCUCAGCUUGCAGAAGGCUCUUUUUGUCAAUAGCCAACUGUGGGACAACAUUUCUGCUGAACAGGAGGAGGAGGAGAACGAGAGAAAGCAGGAAAAGGAGGAAGAGGAGAAAAACUCUAAUAUACAGGUUCUGCCCUCAUCGCAGGCUGAAUGUCCAGUGCCGAAACAAUACAGACCUAAACUCCGACUCCCAUCUUUCCUGAAAAGAAUGAUUUUUUCGAGACAUCCUGAAGAGAGGAUUGUUCCCACCUGCAAUGUAGAAAUGAUGUCAUGGCGAAGGAUUUCAUCAGAAGAGAUAUUCUGAAAAGCAGAAGAGACAGUGGAUUAACAAUAGACGUUUUGCCGUCUGUUUUUUUGCUGUCUUUAAAAGUGUUUGCCAUGUGUCAAUUACGCCUGAUGUACUGAGAAAGCUGGAGCAAUGGAAAAGGUCGUUUAAACAAACACAAUCCCCUCCAUGUGCUUCUCCGACUGCAUUUUCCACUUGAAUAGCCAGAAGCCUGCAUCCCGCUCCUCCAUCUGAGGGGAACUUCUCAUUAGAUAUUCCAUCCUUAAUCCAUCCCAGCUGCUGAGGCCGGAUUUGUUUCAGCUGUCCCGAGAGGGGUAGGGUCCCAGAUGCGAAACGGGACGUUUGGAGCAGAUGGCAUCUUGUCAAAAGAUUCUGAUCCCCUAAAGAUAUUUUGUUAUUUAUAUAAUUUAUUACUUAUUGUAAAUUAAACAUCUUGAUUGCUAAAUGUUGUUGGUCUCUUUCUCUCUGACUUUUUUUUUUUUACAUGACUAGCUACAACAAGGGGCUUCAAACGUUUUGAUACCAAGGACACCACAUUUAGGGACUCCCUUCUUAACAUCCUUUUUUUAAUAUAAAGACCAAUUUAUGAGAUAAAUCUUAAAGGGAUGGUAUAAUUCCUCUUUUUACGAGAUGUAAAAUAUAUUUCUGAUGUCCCCAAGAGUGUGUAGGCCUAUGUAAA